UUCGCAGUUUUCCUUUCGAGUCGAUCGGACGUGUUUUUCGUUUUGCUCGUCGUCGCGCUGCUGUGUGCAAUCGUCAUCAGUCAUCAUCAACCAUCAUCGUUCCUCCCCCUUGCGUUCGCUGUGUUGCGCCCGCCAGGCGGCGAGGAUUGUGCAGUGCGCGUUCUUUACUGUUUCGUUUUAUGUGUGUUCGUGGUGGAGGAGUAGCCGCGUCGGUGGUGGUGGCUCCGCGUUCUCAACCCAACCACCCACACCCUCCCCCUCGCUGAUUUUUAGUGUGUUGCAUUGCAUUGGCGUUCGGUUCGGUUUGUUUGCGCGACGGCAAGCGGCUCGCCCCACCCGCGCCCAAUCAAUCCAAGGAGUCCGGUCGGUCGUUUCGUUUACGAUCAUCAUCAAAACAAUCGCCGUCCGAGUAGGUCGUGAUCAAGCGCGUGAGUGUGUGCGUGCGCGAAGGAGCGGAUUUGAUGUGCAAAAACAAGACAAGAAGAUCAUUAGGGGGAAUCGGAUCAGUACGCGCCGUUGGGGUAUAACGACUUACCCCCAAUAUCUGCCUGAUAAAAAGAGUUUUGAUCCAACAUACAGCGAGUAUCAGCAUCCAAGUGUGCGCGCUUGUAACGAAUAUCGAUAGUAGGCAAAGGGCAACAGAGAAAAAAAAAACAUAGCAGGCUUGGCGAACCCGCACCCAUCAGCAAUAAGGGAAUCGCACCAUCAAAAUGUGAACCUUCGACGCGGGUGUGCACGUCGAAGAAGCGGAACCAGAUCGACAAAAGUAUGAAAAAUAUGUGAACUGAAAUCCGGAGUGUUUCGUUCCAAGUGGUGACGGUGACAGUCAGUCAGUCAGUCAGUGUAGUGAUUGUGAAUUUAUAUUGGCGACGUGUGUGAUAAGGAAGGUGUUUUCUGCGAAACAAGCAAGAAAAAGAAGCAAAAAUGACCGUCUCGUCGUGGAAAAGUGUUGGUCAGGCGAAAAUGCUCGCUAUCGUCGACCACACAUAUCCGGCAUCUUCCCCAAGUGCUACGUCCACAUCGUCGAUGGCCGGAUAUCGCGCGAUGGCGAGCUGGUUGUGGCCCGAAGCGAAAUCGUCGAAGAGAUCACAACCGUCCUAAAGGAGUGGCAACAUCUCUACCGACGGUUCUACCUCUACACCCAUCCGGACUUCAAAGUGAUUCGGACGAAAAUGUUGGAACUGAUCCGGUUGCGAUCGCAACUGCUGUCUGGCAAUUUGCCCGUCGAUGAGAUGAAGGACAUCAAAUUGAAGGCCACCUCGGAGAUCGACACGGGGAAUAAAAUCCUACGGCUGGACAUGGUGGUCCGGGACGAGUGCGGAAACAUUCUGGACAUCGAGCGGACGUCGACGACCCAGCUGUACGAGCACCACUUGACGGCCGUCGAUCGGAUCAAGCGGGCGAGUACCUCCACCACCAAAAACCGCAACGUGGAAACGAUGAACCGCCACUCGCACAACCUACUGCUGUCCGUGCACAACUUCGUGUGUCGCCUCUGCGAGGACACGGAAAUCCUGUUCACCCUGUACGACGGCGAAGAGAUGCGGGCCAUCACCGAGAACUACGUGGUCAAGUGGAGCCGCCAGGGUGUGGCCGCCGAUCUGGAUCAGUUCAACAACAUCAAGGUGCUGUUCACCGAUCUCAGCGGGAACGAUCUGAGCCGGAAUCGGAUCCUCCUGGUGGCGUACGUCGUCCGGAUAGGGGCCAUGGAAGGUAAGGACACCGAUACGAGGCGCAGCAGCAUGGCGAACUCGUCCAAUACGGGCAGUCUGAAGAACAAGAGUCAACUGACCAGUCAGAUGAGCAAUCCGGGAAGUCCGGGGCCGGGUGGUGGGUCGGGGUCGGGUACAACUUCUGGUCAUGAGCAGCAGAUGAGGCGGCCGUUCGGCGUGGCUUCGCUAGAUUUGAAACCGAUUAUUAAGAGAUCGGAGGAUUUCAAAAGUGAUACCCAAUUGAAGAUGCCAUUCAUUCCUUGCGAGAAGGAAUCGUUGGAUAGUACGUUACGGAAGCUGAUCGGCAACAAGGAUCUAGGGGAUAAGAGCGACGCAGCAAUCUGGAUCAGCGUAGAUAUCUUGCAUGGUGAUAUCAAACAGGUUAAGGAGGAAUACCCUCAUUUGGUUCUGGGAAACGUAGCGUUCGCGCGUAAGAUGGGAUUCCCGGAAGUGAUCUUCCCCGGAGAUGUUCGGAACGAUCUCUAUCUAACACUAGUCGGAGGGGAGUUUUCCAAGGGGUCCAAGACCAGUGAUAAGAACAUUGAGGUCACGGCAACGGUCUGCAAUAAGGACGGAGUAGCAAUUUCAGGGGUGAUCACCUACGGCGGCGGGGGAUUUGCUCUGAACGAGUACAAAUCGGUGAUCUACUAUCAUGAGGUUAAGCCAAAGUGGAACGAGAAUUUCAAGAUCGACGUGCCAAUCGAGGAGUUCAAACAGUGCCAUUUGAGGUUCACCUUCAAGCAUCGGAGUUCGAACGAAGCCAAAGAUCGCAGCGAGAAGCCGUUUGGGUUGUCGUACGUACGCUUGAUGAACGACGAUGGGACCACACUGCAGCACAAGCGACAUCAGCUGCUGGUGUACAAGAUCGAUCAGAAAAAGUUCGAUCAAGACACGCAGUACAACUAUCUGCAGUUGCCGGCGUUGAUGGACGAGCUGGUCAACAUUAGCGGAGGAAAGCCUUCGAUGACCGGUUUCAGUUUGGCAUCGAAGGACAGCUUCACGAUCGAGACGAACCUGUGCAGUACGAAGCUCACGCAGAACGUGGAUAUUCUAGGUCUGCUGAACUGGUCUUCGCGGAAGGAGAAGAUGGAAGAAUCGCUGAACGCGUUGAUGAACGUCAAGGGCGAGGAGGUGGUCAAGUUUUUGCAGGACAUUCUGGAUGCGUUGUUCAACAUACUGGUGCUGAACGAGGACGCGGCCAAGUAUGACAACCUGGUGUUCAAGUGUUUACUGCGGUUGAUCGAGAUCGUGUACGAUCUCAAGUACCAGCACUUCCAGUCGGUGCUGGAUCUCUACAUCAAUGAAAGCUUCUCAGCGACGUUGGCCUAUGAAAAAUUGAUCAACGUAGUUCAAACGCACAUCAAGAACGCGAUCAACAACGUCAGCAGCGAUCGUUCCAGCUCGAUCAGCAUCUACGCCGUCAAUGAAAACGACGAAACACUCUACCGGACCACCAAGUAUCUCCAGUACAUCAUGAAGUUUAUCAUACGAUCGCGCAUUUUGUUCUCCGACCUGAACCAAGGGAAGGACCGCGAGCUGUUCGAAACCAUGCUGGAAGAUCUGCUGGAGUCGUUCACCGAGUUGAUCAAGUACCAGAACGAUCUGCUCAAGUCGCAAGGUGCGUUGCUAAAAUAUCUGCACAUCAUCGCGUCCGAUCUGAUGCAGGUGUACGAUCCGAUCAAGCUGAGCCAACGGAUCGUGGACAUCAUCACGAACGUCCCGACUGGACGGCUGAACCAGUCCAAGAUGACCUGCAUCAAGGACGUCGUGGACUCCAAGCUGUUCAAGCUGCCCCAGUGUCGAGCCAUUCUGCUGCCGGUGUUCUGCCGGCAGAUUAAGGACAAACUCGAAAGCAAGGAAGAGGGCGAGUUCAUGUUCGACAUCCGACAGCAGGAGAAGAACCUCACCAAGGCGGCCAAGGUCCUCGGGGAAAGCAAAUCGCAGCUGCAUACGCGUGAAACCACCGCCAAAACGAAGGUUGCCGAAUGCGUCAACAUUAUGAACAACAUGCUGGAGUUGCUUUUCCACAGUGAGGAGGACAUUGGCGCGACAGAGAACGAUGUGCGCGAGAUAAUGCAGAUUCUGCUGCGCACCGUGAUUCAGAGUUCGAUCGCCAUGGAUCGCGAUAAUCCGUUGGUCGGUAACCUGGUGGCGAUCAUGCUGGGGAUCUUCCGCGCCAUGACCGCUGUUCACUACCAGGCGUACGUUCGGAGUUUUCUCACGAGUUUCGAUUUGCUAGAUUUUCUCAUGGAAAUUCUGCUGGUGUUUAAAGAGCUUGUAUCGAAGCCGGUUUUCCCCGUAGACUGGCUGGACAUGAUCAUGCAUCAGAACACCGUGAUACUGGAAAGUCUUCGGCACUUUGCUGGGAUCAUCAUGGAGUGGUUCUUCUCGCCAUUCGAGAAGCAGGUCUGGUCAAAUUACUUCCAGUGUUCGAUCACGUUCUUGACGCAACCGUCGCUACAGCUGAACUUGUUCAGCAAAACCAAACAGUCAAUUAUCCUGAGUAACUACCGAGACAUCAGGCGGGAGACUGCCUUCGAGAUAAGGAAGAUGUGGUUCAACCUGGGUGAACACAAGAUCAUGUUUGUUCCGCAGUUGGUAGGGCCUAUUCUGGAGAUGAGCAUGAUCCCGGAAGUGGAACUCCGCAAAGCGACUAUUCCGAUAUUCUUUGACAUGAUGCAAUGCGAGUACUACAGUUCGAAGUACGUGAUGGAGAGCUACGGGGAUACCAAACGGAACACUAAUCAUGUCAAGGGGAACUUCAACGAUUUCGAAAAGGAGAUCAUCGAGAAGCUCGAUCACUACAUCGAAGGAGGACUCGGGGAUGAAGACUACAAAGACUUGUUCUACGAGAUCAUGUACGAGUCGUGCAGUAAUCAUAACACAUUACAGACCUACGGCAUUCAAUGCGUCCAAGUGCUGACAAGGUUGAUGGAGAAGUUGUUGGAGUACCGGUGUUUGAUCCACGACGAAAGCAAAGAGAAUAGAAUGGCAUGUACGGUAAGUCUACUGCAGUUCUACGCCGAAGUUAACCGGAAGGAGAUGUACAUCCGGUACGUGAACAAGCUGUGCGAUCUCCACAUGGAGUUUGACAAUUUCACGGAAGCUGCGUACACUCUGAAGCUGCACAGCAAUGAGCUGUGUUGGGACGAUACUCCGCUGUCUCCGCUGUUGAAAUCCAGUCGUCACGCAGGUUGUAGCACCCAUUGGCAUUUGAAGGAACGUCUGUAUCGGAAUAUAAUCGAUCUGUUCGAUCAUGGUAAAAUGUGGGAGUCGGCAAUCGAUAUGUGCAAGGAGUUGUCGCAGCAGUACGAGAACGAAUCCUACGAUUACCUGAGUUUGGCAGAGUUGUACAAGAAGAUGUCUCAGUUCUACGAGAAGAUCCUUCGUGAAAAGCGGUUCGAAUCGAACUACUAUCGAGUGGCGUUCUAUGGCUACGGGUUCCCGCAGUUCCUCCGAAAUCAGGAAUUCGUCUACCGAGGGAACGAGUACGAAGACUCCGGGUCGUUCAACACCCGUAUUCUAAGUCAACAUCCUCGGGCAGAGUUGGUUCCGACAUUGAAUCCGGGCCCGGAGAUUCGUCAGAGCGAAGGCCAGUUCAUACAGAUCGUGAAGGUCGAUCCGGUCAGCCGCGAUAUCCGGAUCGGCAAGGAUAAGAAGAACAUUGCGUCGAAUAUCCUGAAGUUUUACCAGACGAACAACGUGAGCGAGUUCCAGUUUUCGCGACCGAUUCGGGAUUCGAAUGGAGGUGGAGAUGACAUUGCGAGCACCUCGUACGAGCGGACGAUUCUGAGGACGACGGACGCGCUGCCGAACAUUUUGCGGUGGUUCCCAGUGAAGUCGAGCGCGACGGUUGUGAUCUCCCCCAUUGAAAUGGCGAUCGAAACCAUGGAAGCAAAGAACCGCGGCAUCCGCGAGCUAGUCCUGGAACACCGUUCCGAUCCGACUCUACCGAUCCAUUCGUUGAGUGCCACGAUCAACGGUGUCGUUGACGCUGCGGUCAACGGUGGCAUCCCGAUCUACGAGGACGCCUUCCUGACGCCAGAAUAUCUAAUCAAAUAUCCGGAUGACGAUCAUCUGGUGGCGCGGUUGAAGGACCUGAUCGCUUCGCAGAUCCCUCUGCUGGAUGUGGCCAUCCAGGUUCACAAGGCCAAGGCUCCGGACAGCUUGAUGCCAUUCCACGAGCGACUGGAGACGUGCUUCGCAGGACUUCAGCCCACGAUCGAGGCCAAGUACGGCAAGCGGACGACCGACAUCAAGAUCGAUCGGGAGAGCGAGGUAACACUGAGGCGGCAGAUCUCGGCCAUGCCGCAAGUCAGCAUCGAUUCCAGUCGACUGUCGGAGACCAGCAUUGGGUCGUCAGACAGCGGAAUUUCCAAAAGCCAAAACAGUCGCCCAACAACGACCAGUUCGGGGGGCUUCAAAUCCACUUUCACCAACUUUGCAACGAAUUUCAACAGUACAAGUGACUUUUUCGAGUUUGAUCGGCUGAGCUUGUCGAGCGUUAAGCUCGGCACCCAAUCCGGCAAGCUGAUCACCAACAUUUCGACCAAGAUUGGCAGCAAAAUUAGACAAACAUCACUCGGUAGCUCACCCGGUGCCAAGGGCAAGAAGGACAAAUACGGCACAAAGCGAAGAUCGAGUCGUAAGAGCGACCGUGACUCAUUGAACCUGCAAGUUUCCAACAGUCAGUUCUACACGUCUCCCAUUACGGUAGCGUGUGAAGUCCUGGGAGGAGGUAACAGCAGCUGUAGCGAUCGGGACAGUUUCGUGCUGCAGAGUGGCCCGGCCAGCAUCGGUUCGCAGACGACCACCUGUUCGACACCGACGACCGGAUGCAGUACACCGAAGGUCGAGCUAACGGAAGAGCUCCACCCAAAGCGUCCCCUUCGAUCGGAGGUGGAGAAGGAGAAGCGCCACUCUCGACCGCCGAGCGUGGUGACUCCGACGCUCAGCAUCAAAACGCUGACCAGCGCCGGCGGCGACACCAACUCGAUCGGUUCCGCCGAAAGCAGCAGCAAUCGCAACUCGAUCAUAACCAACGGUUCCACCACGUCGGAGGAAGAUCUAGUCCCGCCGCCGUUGCCGCUGAAGACCCGCGACAGCGACUACAGCAACGUCCAGCCUAACGAUAGCGCCCUGCACCGACGGAACACCUCCGCCAGUCACUACGUCAGCUGUAAGCAGUUGCCGCCGGUACCCAGCACCGGCGCCACCAGCUACGUCAAUUCGGCGUACGACGUGGUCGAGACGCGGAACAAUAGUGUGAUUGUGAUCAGCAGCGGUGGCACCGUGUACGACGAACGGAAGCGGCCACCGACACCGCCGCCGAAACCGGCCAGGAAUUCCAAGGUAUGAUGACAGUUUGUUUGUUUUUGUUUCCAAGGAAACCGAUAAUCAAAAUUAGUGAGUACAAAACUAGUGUACCCCUCGUUUUGCGGUGUGUACAAGCGGUAGGAAUUGAUCGAUGAUCGCACAAUAGAAAGUCGAUUAGAUAGGUGGGAAUGUAUCGGCGAAAGACGCAUCUAGAUAGUCGAAUGUGUGAGGGACGAGUGUGUAGGUAGGUUAGGGCAAAAUCGUUUCGUGAGAGUGCCACAGAAGGGAAAAGACACGAGCUGUAUUUCGUUUUCGAUUUUCGAAGGAAACAUCAGAAGCCAUUUUACGUUUUUUUUUUACGUUCUCGACGUAGUAUUUCGUUUUGUUUCGCUAGAGUAAGAGGCCAAGCCAAUUAUUAUCGUUGUUUAGUUUUUAGAAUGGCAGACAAACAGUAGCGUGCAAUCACGUUUUAUUUCAACUGCAGAAAUUCGUUUUCCAAGUUUUGACUACUUACCAAAGACGACAUAGUAAGCGUGGGAAAAUUUAUGCAUCAAUCCUACUUUUCAAAGUAUCAUAGAAAGCAUUAGAUAACGUAAGACUCUAGGUAGUUUAAGAAAUCCAGUUACAAUGUAAACAAUAAUUGAAGGAACAAAUCAGAGAGCUUCUACUUAUCGCAAGCUAGGACUAGUUUAUCUAAAAAAGCAUUAUUUAUAGAUCAAUUCUGAAGAUUUAGCGUAUCGUGCUGUCUAGUGUUUAGUAUUAAUUUCGCUGCAUAUCGAGAUCAAAGCAAGUUCUUAUGUAAGUUAACGCGGACACAGUUUUCCAUGAUUCAUCAUUCGAACGCAAUAUUAUUUUUAUCCCGUAGCAGGUAAGUCAUCGUCCGUUUUGUAUGGACCAUUAUAUGUCCAAGGUAAUAAAUCGUAACGGUCAACUGCAACCCAGCAGGCUGUUGUUGGACGUUGCAGAUAUGCUGCGAAGUCGGCUUUGACCCGCAGCGUUCUAAUUAUA